AUGCCGGACACCAACAAAGAUGUGGCUGCAGCAGGUGCAGGAGCACAGGUACCACUACCACAGAACUUCUCGGAAGCAUUUCUGCGACUCCUGACCAAUCAGCAAGCCCUCAUGACACGGAUGUCGGAGCAGUUGGCCUCUACACAGCAGGCCAUCAAGAGUUUGUCCAGGGACGAAACCGUGCUAGACUCUUUAUCGAGCAACAUGGCGGAGUUUGCCUACAAUAAGGUCAGUGGACACACCUUUGACGUAUGGUUUUCCCGCUAUAGUGACCUGUUUGAACGCGACGUAACCAAGCUGGACAAUCCGGCGAAAACAACGAAGGACCCUGGAGAAGAUUACCUGGCCUAUCCAUGCAGGGUCAACAAGGCAUGUGUCGAUUUUAAACUCCCCGAGCUAACCGAGGAGCAGUUUAAAUGUCUUACCUUCACCUCACCUUACCUCACCGACUCUGGAGCAGGUCGUAGAGCAGUGCAACAGUUUGGUAAACCUGAAGCAGGAUACGGUACUGGUGGGUCGACAUCCUCGGUGUUGAAUAUGGUGACCAGACCGCCAAAGGCUAAGCAACCGUUUCAUCAAUCCAGAAGCAGCAGUCCACACCGCGAACCAAAAACUCCCUGUUGGUCGUGCGGUGGGAUGCACUUCAAUAAAGACUGUCGGUUCCAUGAUCACAAAUGCCAGUCUUGCGGCAAAGUUGGUCACCAUCAACAGCGGUGCGAAGAACACGAGAAAAAAAAGCGCAAAACAUCAACAAAAACACUGGCCGUACACAAAGUUGGAGAUGGAAGAAAAUUUGUGGAUGUAAACAUCACCAACGUCCCUCUUCGACUGCAACUGGACACCGGGUCGGAUAUUUCGAUCCUAUCGCAUCGAUCUUGGGUCAAACUAGGAAAACCCAAAUUGUGUUCAGUAAGAUGUCGGGCGAAAACAGCUUCUGGCGAGCCGCUAGAUCUCACGGCGGAACUGCAGUGCCAGAUCACCAUCAACGGCUGCACAAAAAGCGGGAUUGACUGGCUUGAGUUAUUUGAUUUGUGGGAUCGCCCAAUCAGUGCCUUAUGCAACAAAGUUGACGCUCCAUCUACGCCGAGUGUGUCGGCUUUGCAAGCACGGUUCCCCGAAGUGUUUACUUCCGUAAUGGGCCUCUGCAACAAAUCGCCUGUUCGGUUGGUACUCAAAGGCAAUCCCAAACCGAUCUUUCGCCCGAAACGACCUGUUGCGUACAGCACAGAGGCAUUGGUAGAAGACGAGCUCCAUCGCCUGCAGGAGCUAGAAAUCAUAAAGCUGGUAAACUUUUCCGAUUGGGCCGCUCCUGUCGUGGUGGUCCGGAAGCCGAACGGAUCCGUACGGAUAUGCGCCGAUUUUUCGACUGGCUUGAACGAUGUUCUCGAGCCAAACCAAUAUCCACUACCCUUACCCGAGGAUAUUUUUGCUGAGAUGUCCGGAUGUCGAUUCUACAGUCAUAUCGACUUAUCCGAUGCCUACCUUCAGGUGUUGGUGGAUGAGGAUAGUCAACCGCUGCUAACUAUUAAGACCCACAAAGGCCUAUUUUAA